AGGUGACAUCAGUGGUGCAGGCCCCACUGGCUAUUCGUGCCCUCUACAGACUUUGCGAUGGCCACCCCGUCACUGAGCUGGCUGACUUGCAGAAUGGAGGACAGUACGUGGCUGCUGGCUUUGAAGGAUUCCACAAGCUCCACUCUUCGCCUCCUGGAAGGAAACACCCAGGCGGGAAAAGCGGCCGACAACAUUGUGUUCAGGAAUGGAGACCUGCUAAGUCCCCCCUUUAGUCUGAAGCUGUCCCAGACUGCCGUCCAGGACUGGGAAACGGUACUGAAGCUGCUGACAGAGAAGGCCAGGUUACAGAAUGGGGCUGUGCACCAACUCUGCACCCUCAGGGGGCUUCCAUUGUCAGCAGGCACAGCUCUGGUGAGUGGCCGUCACUACGUGGCUGUCGGAGAAGAAGAGUUCAAAGCCCUCCCCUACAUGGAGCUGUUGGUGCCCAGCCCCUCUCUGUCCAAGGGCUGCUGGUAUCCUCCAGGCCGGAAGCAGAAGUCCCACAGGCAGGGGGCCCAGGGCCACCAGGCUCAGGCGGCUCGGCCUUCUCCAGAGGAACCAAGACAAACUGAGCCAUCUGCUUUCUAUGCCAGAUUCCAGCAGUCCACUCGGCCAGGAAGCAGGCUCUCUCCCCUCUCACUUCCAUCAGAGGGCAGCAGAGACAGGGGCAGAGGCCUUGUCCCUCAACAUCUGCCUGGCCCGGGAGAGGCAGCCUCAUGUUCAGCCAAUGCCUGUGCCACCAUCUUAAGUGCCAGGAAUGCCAGUCAGAAGCUGAGAACAAGCACUCCAAACCACCCCAGCUUUCAGCAGCCUGCUCCCGAGAAGCUGGGCCUCACUGGGCUCGCAGUAGGUAUGGCCUCCUCAGCCCCUCCCCAUUCAUAAGCCCGCAAAUUCUGUGGAGGCC